CCAAAACAAAUCGAAGUGCUAUUCAAGCGACGAAGUUGACAGAUGAAGUAGUAAACUAGUUUCUGUGUUUGUUGCUGUGUUUAUAGGCUCGAGUUUUGAUGAUUGGCUGUAAACAUAAAGCCACUAUUUAUAAGAACGUAUUACAGUGAUGCUACAGUCAAUCACAUGCUCGAAUACAGUACUGGAGAGAUAUGAGAGCUAGCGAAAAAUAUUGUGUAAAUCUAAAUACUGAUCGAAAUGGUGCCAAAAAGAGAGAUUUCGAAAUUAGCAGUUUUGCGUUGCAGUUACGUGUUAUGUGUUUUGUGAUAUUUUAACCAUGAUGGAAGAAAGUGAGAAGCCGUUUGCCUGCUCAGCAGAAGGCUGCUUAAUGCGUUUCACUAAUGAAGAUCAUUUGACUGUACAUAAAAAGAAACAUGAUAUGGUUCUAAACUUGGGAAGUGCACAAAAAUCAAAUCUUUUCAGUGCUGAUCAGACACCUACUCCGACACGUUUCAUUCGCAAUUGUGAAGAGGUUGGUUUGUUUCAAGAUUUGCAAAAUGUGAACCCAUUUGAAGAAACAUUCAGGAAAGCAUUUGAAGCAUCUAAAGCUGGAAUCACAUUGCCUGAGGUGGAUCCCCUUAGUGUGACUGCAGGUGGAGAUGACACUUUGCACACGCCACAUGUGUUCCCUAACAUUAUUGAAGAUUCUGAAUCUAUUCCAUCUCUUUUGUCCACAGAAUCUCUUGCAAGUGAAAGUAGCAAGAGGUCUCCUGUCAGGCAAGAUUUGGUCCAUUUUAUUAAGAAUUCUUCAGUAACAGAGGAAGAAUUCAAAGGAAAGGAUAAUUUACAUAAUUCUGUUGCUUCGGACUGUUUGGGAAAAGAAAACCCUGAACAACUUCAGGGAGAAAAUCUAAUGCAGUUGGAAGAUGACUCACUCAAUCAGCAAAAUGAGACUGGAGGACUACAGGUUCUGCUUAAAACUUCAGAUGACAAGCUGGUCCAUCUUUCACUUGAACAGUUCGCUCAGCUGUCUGGAUCACAGCUUAUGAUCCCUAUCGUCACAUCUGUAACUUCGGGUGCUUCUGCAACCAGUAAUGAGGACAACAGUCAAUCAGUUGACAUGUCAACAUGUGUUCCAACAGUGUGCAAACCUGUUGCUCCAACUGAUGGAUCUGCACUAGUUAAAAUGAAAUUAAAGCAGACAUUGACAAAUAAUAAUAAUAAAGUAUCCACUACAAGCACUCCCGGUCAGUCAUCUUCAGAGCAGGCUGACCAUACAGCACCUCCAGCAGAAUCCCGUGCACCAUGUUCCACACACAGCCGGACAAGGAAAAGUUCGUCACAAUGUGAUGAUGAUGAGAAAAGGAAAAAGUUUCUUGAGAGAAACAGGGCAGCUGCUAUGCGUUGUAGAGAAAAAAGAAAGUCAUGGAUAAAAGACCUGGAGAAAAGGGCAGAUAUUUUGCAAACUUCUAAUGACCAACUACAAGCAGAGGUCAAAAGUCUUAGAGCAGAAUUGGCUACCCUCAAGGCAUUGCUUUUGCAACAUAAGAACUGUUCUGUUUCAGUUGCCAUGAUGCAGAAUGCCCAUGUAACAGCAGUGGAAGCUGAUUCGACUAAUACCACAACUGUUCAUCAGACAACUGCAGUCUCACGAAUAAGCAUAUCACACCAACCUGCAACAAAUAAGCCUAUAGUUGCUACAAAAAUUUUGCUUUCACCACCCAGCAAUGAACCCAGGCAUAUAAUAUUAUUAAAUAGACCCCCUGUGAAACGAAAUGUGGGCAAUGCUACACCACCUAUCAAGAAAAAGGUAUGUGGAGGAGCUGUUAAACAAAUUGUUAGUGGCACUAAUAAUCAAGUACUACAGCAGGCAUACCUCAUCUCAUCAACAAGUGCAGAUGCAGUACAAGUUGCACAGGGUAACAUAGGCAAUGAGUCUCUUGUACCUGCCAUUUCAGUAGCAAAUGUGCCCACUGUUCCUGAAAUUAUACCUGCAGUGCUGAAAGAUUCAACUGUACCAAGUACAGACUGUAAUUUAGAACUAAGUGAAACAAAUCAACAGCUUGUUUCUCUGUCAUUAAUCAGUCAAUCGGAAGGACAUUUCCCAGCUCUUGUAGUGCCUGGUGUUGCUCUAAAGUCAACAUGUGAUACAGUGUGUGAUACAGGAUUAAACAGCAGUCAAGUAGUAGAACAUAUGAUUGAUAUUGACCCAAGUAUGGUGAGUGUUGAAACUCAUCAAGAGCCCAACAGUAGUGUUGAAAGAGACCAUUCAGAAGAUAGUGACAUUGAAGUGGUGUAUGACUCUUCAUCAAAGGAUGUAAGCUGAAAUUGUUUUGUUGCUUGUUAAUUGUUUGAUAAGCACAGCACUGAAUUGAAUUCAGGACUGCACUUAACAUUUUGUUAAAAAUGUAUAUAAACACAGGAAAAAUUAUUACUCUCUACACUACCCCAUUCCAGUUUAACUAUGAAAUAUAUUACACACAAUGAAGUGCAGAGACAGUUUGGAUUGUGGCUUCAAUUUAUUACAUGUGACCUUUUUGUUUUUGCUGUAAAGAGCUAAUUGUGAGAAUGAUGUGCACUGAUGAGCCAAAACAUAGUGGCCACCUCCAUAAUAGCUUUUUUGCCGAAAUUUCAGAUGAAAUACAUCACUGAUUCUGCAUAUAAGGGACCUGACAGUUUGUAGGUAAGUUUGUGGGGGUAUGUGGCAUUAGAUGUCUCCACACAGGCCAUGUAAUUCGCGUAAAUAAUGGGCUACUGAUUUGCGUACCUGGCGAUGGCACCUGAUAGCAACUCGUAUGGAUUCCAUUGAAUUUACAUCAGGCAAAUUUAGCCACAGACAUCCACAUGAGUUCACUAUAAUGCUCCUCAAACCAUUGUAGCACAAUUCUGGCUCUGAGACAUUGACAAUUAUGCUGCUGAAA